AUGGGCAAGACUUGGAUGACAAAGUCUAGGGGUACAAGGGAAUAUAGAGAUGGGUAUAGAUUGUUUGUUGACUUCGCAGUUAGUAACUAUAGAAUUCCCAAUGGAAAUAUACACUGCCCUUGUAAGUCGUGUCGAAAUAACCAGUGCCACCCACCCGAUUUUGUACUUGCCCACUUGACAGGGGGUAAGAGAAUAAUGACUACAUACACUACAUGGUUUUGGCACGGUGAGAAGCAUGUUCGGGGUCCUGUUGCAGGUUCUUACUCGAAUCGCUCGGCCGCAGAUGCAGCUAGUGGAAGCACAGAACAGGGUGGCGACAUGCACUCAAUGUUGCAUGAUGCAUUCGGCAUGCACGAAGUUAGAGAAGGCAAUUGUGAGCUUGAGGUCGUGGUUCAAGGAGGUGAAGAAAUUGGGUGGAAUGAAGAAUCAGCUGAAGGGAACGCUCAGAAGUACUAUGACAAGCUUAAAAAGCCGGAGAAGCCACUUCAUGGGGGUACUAAACAUAGCAAGCUAAGUGCUAUUGUACAUUUGUACAACUUGAAGUGCGUUGGCGGAAUUAGCAACAAGAUUUUCUCGGAUUUGCUUGAGUUCAUCAUCCAGUUGCUGCCUGCAUGUGAUGAUACUUUGCCAACUAAUACAUAUCAGGCGAAAAAGUUUCUUAGUGACAUGGGGCUUGGUUAUGAGAAGAUUCCUGCAUGUCGUAAUAAUUGUAUGUUAUUCUGGAAGGACAAUCAAGAAUUAGAAUCAUGCAUCGUCUGUGGAGAAUCUAAGUGGAAUGAUGAAAUUCAUUCGGACAAGGAUGGUCAACCCAUAUCAUCGAGAAAGAAACAUCCGGUGAAAGUAUUGCGGUGGUUUCCACUCAUCCCCCAGCUACAGAGGCUUUUUAUGUCGGAACAUACAGCACCCAACAUGAGAUGGCAUGUAGAAGGUCGCACUAAAGAUGGCGUGCUGAGGCAUCCGGCUGACGGUGAAACAUGGAAAUCAUUCGAUCUCUUACAUCCAGAAUUUUAG